GUGGCAGAGCGAAGCUGAGGAGUCCAGCCCUCGCCGCCAGGGCCCUGGGCUGUCCCGAGCCGGAAUCCAGAUCUUACAUAAGAUGGAAGUUUCUCACACUAGAUACUGAACAUUAAGUAGAAAAUCUAGUAAAAUCUAAGUUGCCAUGGAAGAAAUACCAGUAAAAGUUGCUGUAAGAAUUAGACCUCUGCUUUGCAAAGAAGUUCUUCAUAAUCAUCAAGUUUGUGUGAGAGUUAUUCCAAACAGCCAGCAAGUUAUCAUUGGGAGAGACAGAGUCUUCACUUUUGAUUUUGUUUUUGGCAAAAAUUCCACUCAAGAUGAAGUUUAUAAUACAUGUAUAAAGCCCCUAGUGUUGUCACUCAUUGAGGGCUAUAAUGCAACUGUUUUUGCCUAUGGACAAACUGGAUCUGGGAAGACAUACACCAUUGGAGGAGGCCAUAUUGCUUCGGUUGUGGAGGGCCAAAAGGGUAUCAUUCCUCGAGCUAUUCAAGAAAUAUUUCAAAGCAUCUCUGAACAUCCUAGCAUUGAGUUUAAUGUGAAAGUAUCUUAUAUAGAAGUGUACAAGGAAGACCUAAGAGAUCUUCUAGAAUUGGAGACAUCCAUGAAGGAUCUUCACAUCCGAGAAGAUGAGAAAGGAAAUACAGUGAUUGUUGGGGCCAAGGAAUGCCAUGUGGAGAGUGCAGAUGAAGUGAUGAGCCUUUUGGAGACGGGGAAUGCAGCCAGACAUACAGGUACCACCCAAAUGAAUGAGCACUCCAGCAGAUCACAUGCAAUUUUUACAAUCAGCAUUUGUCAAGUUCAUAAAAAUGUGGAGGCAGCUGAAGAUGGAUCAUGGUAUUCCCCUCGGCAUAUUGUCUCAAAGUUCCACUUUGUGGAUUUGGCAGGAUCAGAAAGAGUAACCAAAACGGGGAAUACUGGUGAACGGUUCAAAGAAUCCAUUCAAAUCAAUAGUGGAUUGCUGGCGUUAGGAAAUGUAAUAAGCGCUCUUGGGGACCCACGCAGGAAGAGUUCACAUAUUCCAUAUAGGGAUGCUAAAAUUACCCGGCUUCUGAAAGAUUCUCUGGGAGGCAGUGCUAAGACUGUCAUGAUCACAUGUGUCAGCCCCUCCUCCUCGAAUUUUGAUGAGUCAUUAAAUUCUCUCAAAUAUGCCAACAGAGCACGGAACAUUAGAAACAAACCCACUGUAAACUUCAGCCCCGAGUCAGACCGUAUAGAUGAAAUGGAAUUUGAGAUUAAAUUGCUUCGAGAAGCUUUGCAAAGCCAGCAGGCUAAUGUCAGCCAAACUAGCCAGAUCAAUCGAGAAGGGAGUCCUGAUACAAAUAGGAUUCAUUCUCUUGAGGAGCAAGUAGCUCAGCUUCAAGGAGAAUGUCUGGGUUACCAAUGUUGUGUAGAAGAAGCCUUUACCUUCCUGGUUGACUUAAAAGAUACUGUCAGACUAAACCAAAAGCAGCAAUACAAACUGCAGGAGUGGUUUAACAUGAUCCAAGAGGUCAGGAAGGCUGUGGUCACCUCAUUUCGAGGAAUCGGAGGCACUGCAAGUCUGGAAGAAGGACCAGAGCAUGUUACAGUUCUCCAGCUGAAGAGAGAGCUUAAGAAAUGCCAGUGUGCGCUUGCUGCUGAUGAAGUAGUAUUUAAUCAGAAGGAACUGGAGGUGAAGGAACUGAAGAAUCAAGUGCAGAUGAUGGUACAGGAAAACAAAGGGCAUGCGGUAUCUUUGAAAGAAGCGCAAAAAGUGAAUAGAUUGCAGAAUGAAAAAAUAAUAGAACAACAACUUCUUGUGGAUCAACUGAGUGAAGAACUAACAAAACUUAACCUGUCAGUGACUUCUUCAGCUAAAGAAAAUUGUGGAGAUGGGCCAGAUGCCAGGAUCCCUGAAAAGAGACCAUAUACUGUACCAUUUGAUACUCGUUUGGGGCAUUAUAUUUAUAUCCCAUCAAGACAAGAUUCCAGGAAGGUCCACACAAGUCCGCCUGUGUACUCUCUGGAUCGAAUAUUUGCUGGGUUUCGAACACGAAGUCGGAUGCUGUUGGGUCACAUAGAAGAACAAGAUGAGGUCCUCCACUGCCAAUUUUCUGAUAACAGUGAUGAUGAAGAAUCGGAAGGCCAAGAGAAAUCUGGAACUAGAUGUAGAAGUCGUUCAUGGAUUCAGAAGCCAGACUCUGUUUGUUCCCUUGUUGAACUGAAUGAUACUCAGGAUGAAACACAAAAGUCAAAUUUGGAGAAUGAAGAUUUAAAGAUUGAUUAUCUCCAGGAGAGUCAAGAAUUGAAUUUGCAAAAAUUAAAGAAUUCAGAACGCAUACUUACUGAAGCUAAACAAAAAAUGAGAGAACUUACAAUUAACAUCAAGAUGAAGGAAGAUCUGAUUAAAGAAUUAAUAAAAACAGGUAACGAUGCCAAGUCUGUAAGCAAGCAGUAUUCUUUGAAAGUAACAAAGCUAGAGCAUGACGCAGAACAGGCAAAAGUCGAACUAACUGAAACACAAAAGCAGCUACAGGAACUGGAAAACAAAGAUCUUUCUGAUGUUGCAAUGAAGGUAAAAUUACAGAAAGAGUUCCGUAAAAAGAUGGAUGCUGCAAAGCUGAGAGUUCAGGUCUUACAGAAGAAGCAACAAGAUAGUAAGAAACUGGCAUCACUGUCAAUCCAAAAUGAGAAACGCGCUAAUGAACUAGAGCAGAGUGUAGAUCACAUGAAGUAUCAAAAGAUACAGCUACAAAGAAAACUUCGAGAAGAAAAUGAAAAAAGGAAGCAACUGGAUGCAGUAAUUAAGCGGGACCAGCAAAAAAUCAAAGAAUUACAAUUAAAAACAGGACAGGAAGAAGGUCUAAAACCAAAAGCUGAGGAUCUCGAUGCAUGUAACUUGAAAAGGAGAAAAGGUUCGUUUGGAAGUAUAGACCAACUCCAGAAAUUGGAUGAGCAAAAGAAAUGGUUAGAUGAAGAAGUAGAGAAAGUUCUGAACCAACGCCAAGAAUUAGAGGAGCUGGAAGAAGACUUAAAGAAACGGGAGGCCAUAGUUUCUAAGAAGGAGGCUCUAUUACAGGAGAAGAGUCACCUGGAAAAUAAGAAAUUGAGAUCUAGUCAGGCCUUAAACACAGAUAAUUUGAAAAUAUCAACUCGCCUGAACUUACUGGAACAAGAGUUGUCUGAAAAGAAUGUGCAGCUCCAGACUAGCACAGCUGAGGAGAAAAUAAAGAUUUCAGAACAAGUUGAAGUCCUCCAGAAAGAAAAGGAUCAGCUCCAGAAACGAAGAAACAGUGUGGAUGAAAAACUUAAAAAUGGCAGAGUGUUAUCACCUGAAGAAGAACAUGUUCUUUUCCAACUCGAAGAAGGGAUUGAAGCUUUGGAAGCUGCAAUUGAAUAUAAGAAUGAAAGUAUCCAGCGUCGCCGGAACUCACUUAGAGCAUCAUUCCAUAACCUCUCUCGUAGUGAAGCAAAUGUCUUGGAACAAAUAGCUUGCCUGAGUCCUGUUGAGAUUAGAGCUAUUCUUUUCAGAUAUUUCAAUAAGGUGGUGAAUUUGCGAGAAGCUGAACGGAAACAACAGUUAUAUAAUGAAGAAAUGAAAAUGAAAGUUCUGGAACGGGAUAAUAUGGUUCGUGAAUUAGAAUCUGCACUGGACCAUCUAAAAUUACAGUGUGACCGGAGACUGACCCUCCAGCAAAAGGAACAUGAACAAAAGAUGCAGUUGCUAUUACAUCAUUUCAAAGAACAAGAUGAAGAAGGCAUUAUGGAAACUUUCAAAACAUAUGAAGAUAAAAUCCAGCAGUUGGAAAAAGAUCUUUAUUUCUAUAAGAAAACCAGCCGGGAUCUUAAGAAGAAACUUAAGGAACUGGUAGGGGAAGCAAUCCGGCGGCAACUAGCACCAUCAGAGUAUCAUGAGGCUGGAGAUGGAGUCCUGAAGCCAGAAGAAGGAGGCAUGCUUUCAGAAGAAUUAAAAUGGGCAUCCAGACCUGAAAGUAUGAAAUUAAGUGGAAGAGAAAGAGAAAUGGACAGUUCAGCAAGCAGCUUAAGAACACAGCCAAAUCCUCAGAAGCUCUGGGAAGAUAUCCCAGAAUUACCUCCAAUUCAUAGUUCUUUAGCACCCCCCAGUGGGCAUAUGUUAAGUAAUGAGGAUAAAACAGAAAUAGGUGAUCAUCAGUUUACAAAAUCUCACAGUCGACUAUCAUCCCAAAUUCUGGUUGCGGGAAAUGUGGGACAACUUCAUGGUAUUACACCGGUAAAACUGUGUCGAAAAGAAUUACGUCAAAUUUCCGCCUUAGAACUAUCAUUGCGACGUUCCAGUCUUGGAGUUGGGGUUGGAUCAAUGGCUGCUGAUUCCAUCGAAGUAUCUAGGAAACCAAGUGACUUAAAAACUUAGAUAUUUAAUAAUAGAACUUUCAGUAGAUAUGUAAAAAGAUUCCUUUUUCUAACCUGUUAAAAACUAAAGCUCAAUUUCACUACCUCUUUCCUCAGAAUAAAGGAAGAAGGGGAGGAAGGAAUCUCUAAUUCUUUUAUAUACUAUAGAUGUGUACAUCUUCUAUAGAAUACUUGGGAAGUUUAAUUUAUAUUUCCAUAGUAAACAUGUUUUCCAAUACUUGGUAACAUUUAAAUAUUUACAUUUGUAAAUACACUUAAAUGUUUUUCCAGGCAUAUUUGAAGAAUAAAACUAAUAAUAGACUAAAAUAUCUAUCAAGUAUGUAUUAUUAUAUAAUAUAAAUGUACAUUAUAUUAUAAAAGUAUUUUACAAUAUAACUAUAUUAUUGUUAUUCUCAAAUACAAGUAUAUUGUUAUUUUUAAAAGAUCCAGCUAAAUAUUGCUUUUGUCAGAGGGAGUCACCUGCUGCAUAUGUGGGCUAAGACAACCUCGCAGCUUUAUAGAUUGAGGUUCAUUUACAGUCCUCAGAGCUCACAGAAAUGGUCAGUCUUGACUUUUUAAACAUGCUCACUAUUCUGUUUCUGGAAUUUUUUUGGAUUUUUAAAAAUUUAUAAUGUUAUAUUGUUUGUUUACUAAUAUUAUGCAAUAUAAGUUUUCAUGCCUUUCCUGAUCUAUACACUCAAUAUAUCUCUCACUGUGCUACUAAAAUUGGGAGAAGUGGAUGCUGUUCCAUGGAAUAGGGAAAUGAUAGAAUAAAACUAAAGCAUUGUAACAUUUCAAGAGAAAGAACACUGGUUACGACAUCUCCGGUCAUACGGAGUAUGUCUGUAAAGCCUGAAGUCUCGCCAAAGCAUCUUUAAUGAUCUGAUGGGCUUAAGUCUGAUAUUUUUCUCUACAACCUCCUUAGUCAGGCUUUGCAAACUGGCCAAACUACAUUGGGGCUGUAAAUAUGUCAAUGAAAUUUUUACUAAAAUCUCCUAGUUUUUCUGGCCAAAAUUUUACUAUAUAAUGUACAAUUUAGUUUGGAAUUAAGAACUAAACAGUUUACCCACCAAAUGUAGCUUGUACUUUUUAAUCAUAUUUUUCAGUUAUAGGAAACAUCCAUUGUAAUGACCUGAGAAAUUAUUUUGUUACUUAAGUUGUUCUUUGUUACUUUUCCAAACUUUCACUUGUCAACCAAGGUUGAGUUUCUUAAACUUAAAUUAAUGUUUGGGUGGGGGCUGUAGCAAAACCAUCCUGACAUGGAUGCUUACUCAGAGUCACCCACUUCCUUGCUGAAUCCAUUUUUUCUGAUGUAGUGCUGCUACAGACCUUUUCCUUUUGUCCUUCCCUCUGUUGCUAUGGACUUGAUCACCUCACAUAGGACCCAAACUGUCACCCUGUGCUCAAAGACUUAAGGCUUCCUUUCUCUCAUUGCUAGCCCCUAGGGAGUAGAGUUUCUCGGUCUCCUUGCUAAAAACCAGUUCCUUUAGGAAACAAAUCAAAACAAAACCAGCUUAUAAAAAGGAAAAUAGUUUCUCUUUUAAGCAUGGUACUAAAAUUUAUUUAAAUUAAAUAGAUUUCUGUGGACUUACCUGGGAAUGAAACAAUUUUUAAUAUUGGUCCAAUGAGAUACUAUUUUCUAAAUUUCAAAAAACUAAUUUACAAACUAACUGGGAAAUUUUAUUUUUACCAGAUUGAAGUCAGAUUCUGGUUUCCAGCUAGUCUUCCAUUUUUAUAAAUUUAUGUAUAUUCAUAUAUAUAAAUAUAAGUCAUAUAAACCAAAAGUAAAACAUACACAUUAUAAAUAUGUAUAAAUGCACUGACCUUUUGCCAUUUUUUAUAUAUAUAUAUAUUUUAUAUAUGUAUAUACACACUUGUAUAUAUACAAGUAUAUAAGGAAAUGUGUAUUUCCACAGGUAAAACAAGUAUAUGUAAAUUAAUUAUUUCUAAUUAAGGCAUAGCACAUUACUUAAUCUUACAAGGAAUUUAUCAUUAGGACCUUCAUUAAUAAAUACAUAUUUAUUUAAAUAUAUUAUUGCGGUGGUUUGUUGAAGGUACUGACCUUUUACCAUUGUCUAUAUAUAUACACACUUGUAUAUAAACACUUGUGUAUAUAUAUAUAGUAUAUAUAUACUUGUAUAUAUAGGGUAUACAUUAUACAUUAUUUCGUUAUAUAUUUCAUAUCAUACAUAGUUAUAUAUAGAUACACUUUGUAUAUAUACAUAUAGAAAUAAUAUAUAAUGGUCAACGGUCAGUGCCUUUAACAAGCAUAGCAAUAUUUAUAAAUAUGUAUUUAUUAAUGAAGAUCCUAAUUAUAAGUUCCUUGUAAGAUUAAGUAAUGUGCUAUGCCUUAUUUAGAAAUAAUGUAUUUAAGAAUGUAUUCUGAUACUGGAAUCCUACUUGCUCAAGAAAUUAACACAUACUUGUUUUACCGUGGAAAUACACAUUUCCUCAAAGCCAACUCACUAAUAAAGCAAAAUUUAUAUGAAAACAACAAUGAUUAGGUUUGAUUAUGCAACUGUGAGUUGAUUUCUAAAUAACAAAGGUAUGGGUUUUUCCUGCCUUUUGGUGAAACAUACAUCCUUUAUAUAGUAUGACAGAUUUCAUGCCACAUAUGCAAACACACAUAUAAAUAAUGUCAUGAAUAAUAUAUUCUGGAAAUGAACCUCUGGUCAUUCUAGUUUAGUCAGUGUUCUCACAAAGGAAAGAAAAAAUCAGACACCUACACAAGGCAAGUAAAAUUAUUGUUUUACAUUUACUAAUAAUGAUUUUACUCUUUUUCACAUGCUUUGUCUAAACAUUUUGUCACUUUAUUGCCUUUUUGCAUGUAUAUAAAAUGUUUGUGGUUUUCUUUUUUUUAUUACGUUCUUUUUUUCUCUAACAGUAAUAAAGCAUUUGAAAGGAAAAAUAUUUGUAAAGUACUAGUUACUUUCCUAACUCUAGUGUGUUAUAGCUAACAGAUGGAAAAUUCUGUAAGGUGGGAACCACAGGUGGUGAGAACAUUGAUGAAGGUGCUUUUGUGCUUUAAUGUGUGCUUUAUUUUUGUUAAUGUAUUUUUUUAUUGUUGCCUCAGUGCUUCAUAUCUUCAUGAACUCAGGGUCCAAGGAGCCAGCAAAAAUAUGAUCUUCAUUAAUUGUGGACUAGAUUGCCACUAGCCAUUGCCUUGUUCAGUCUAGGCCAAUAAAGUGAGGAAUGCUUAUUUGAGACUAAAUUCCUUAUAUAGAAAAAAAAUAAAAGUCUUAGUUUUGGAAUGACUAUCAGGGAGUAAAAUCCUCAGUGGGAGUUGGGUUCUGUGGUCAAAACAAAUUCUCAUACAUUAAAUGCAAGUAUGACAUA